AUGCUAGCUGGAAAUCAGAAUGCCACAGCCACGUUCACCCCCUUGGGCUUCUCGGAAUAUCCUGACCUGGUCCAGGUCCCCUUGUUCCUGGUGUUCCUCGUCAUCUACACUGUCACUGUGCUGGGGAACCUGGGCAUGGUCACCAUCAUCAGGGUCAGUCCCAAACUCCACACCCCCAUGUACUUCUUUCUUAGUCACUUGUCCUUUGCUGAUUUCUGUUAUUCCACCACAGUCAAACCCAAGCUCUUGGAGAACUUGGUUGUGGAAGACAGAACCAUCUCUUUCCUGGGAUGCAUCCUGCAAUUCUUCUUCGCUUGUAUAUUUGCAGCGGCCGAAAUCUUCAUGUUGGCAGUGAUGGCCUAUGACCGAUUUGUGGCCAUUUGUAAGCCUCUACUGUACACAGUAGUCAUGUCCCCAAAGCUCUGUGCAUUACUAGUGGCCGGACCCUAUACAUGGGGGGUAGUCUCUUCCCUGACACUCACCUAUUUUCUCCUGGCAUUAUCCUUCUUUGGGUCUAACAUUAUCAAUAAUUUUGUCUGUGAGCACUUGGCCAUUGUCUCUGUCUCCUGCUCUGACCCCCACAUCAGCCAGAUGCUUUGUUUUGUCAUCGUCAUAUUCAGUGAGGCGAGCAGCCUGGCAAUUAUCCUCACUACUUAUAUUUCCAUUUUUGUCACUAUUAUAAAGAUGCCUUCUGCUGCUGGGCGCCAGAAAGCCUUCUCCACUUGUGCCUCUCAUCUGACCGCCAUCACCAUUUUCCAUGGGACGGUCCUGUUCCUUUAUUGCGUACCCAACUCCAGAAACUCAUGGCUCAUAGUCAAAGUAGGUUCUGCCUUUUAUACGGUGGUGAUUCCCAUGCUGAACCCUCUGAUCUACAGCCUCAGGAACAAAGACGUGAAAGAGAGUGUCAGGAAAUUAAUGAAUCACGUAAUACCAUUUUGUUGA